AUGGAAAAGAUUGGCGACAAUCUGUGUUACACAGACACUGAUAGUUUAAUCUAUCUCAAGGCGAAAGAUCAGCCUGAUCCUGUUGCCGAUAUGAGAGGUGAUUGGCUGGGAAUGCUUACCUCAGAAAUUCCCGAGGGUUGGCGGAUGACAAAAUUUGUCUCUCCUGCAGCCAAAGUCUACAGCUACCUGCUGGAGAAUGAAAGUGGUGAAGUACGGGUAGUUACCAAAGCCAAAGGAGUGACACUGGACCACACUGCAGCCACCACAGUGAACUAUGAUGGUAUGGAGAGAAUUGUUCGGGAUUAUGUGGAGAACAAUUCUACAAGUGUUUUGUCAGCUCAAAGCACAAUCUUCAAGCGGACCUUGGGCCACAUUCAGUCUGUGGAUUUGACUAAAAAUACUAGUGUUGUGAUGGAUAAAUUGAGAUUUUUGCCAAAUUUUUCUACAUUGUCUUAUGGUUAUUCGGAAUAA